ACCGCCCCUCUCCGUGAGUCCGCCUCUGCGCUCCAGCCGAGACGCACCGACGGACGAGCUGCGUGGGGAGCCGGUCGAAGGACUUUCCUAUAAAAGCCGGGAUCCCACUGACAGCCGAGCUUGUCUCUCCGUCACAGGCAGACAAGAGCCGAGAAUCCAUCACACAGCUCCGGGAAAAACCUCAACCUUUAAACGGGAAAUCUUAGUCUAUGGUUGUGACCGACGCACCAACAAGGAUGUCCCGGACCGACGAGGUGCACCGUAUAACGGAGAAUGUCUACAAGUCCAUCAUGGAGCAGUUCAACCCCUGCUUGCGGAACUUCAUAGCCAUGGGGAAAAGCUACGAGAAGGCUCUGACCAGUGUCACAUAUGCUGCAAAGGGCUACUUCGACGCUCUGGUGCGGAUGGGCGAGAUGGCCAGCGAAAGUCAAGGCUCUAAGGAUCUUGGGGAGGUGCUCUUUCAGAUGGCUGAAGUGCACAGACAGAUCCAGAUCCAGCUUGAGGAGAUGCUGAAGUCUUUCCACAACGAGCUGCUCACAGAGCUGGAGAAGAAGGUGGAGUUGGACGCACGCUACCUGAACGCUGCGCUGAAGAAGUACCAGAUGGAGCACAAGAGCAAAGGGGAGAGUUUGGAGAAGUGCCAGGCGGAGCUGAAAAAACUGCGCAGAAAGAGCCAGGGCAGCAAGCACCCGUCCAAGUACGGAGACAAGGAGAUGCAGUAUGUGGAGGCCAUCAGCAAUAAGCAGAGCGAGCUGGACAACUACAUCGCCGAGGGCUACAAAAACGCUCUGUCCGAGGAGAGGAGGAGGUACUGCUUCCUGGUGGAUCGCCAGUGUGCCGUGGCAAAGAACGGCAGCGUCUACCACGGCAAGGGUAAGGAGCUUUUAUCCCAGAAGAUCCCGGUGUGGCAGCAGGCGUGUGCCGAGCCCAACAAACUGCCAGAUCGUGCCAUGUUCCUGGCCCAGCAGAUGAGCGGUGUAGCGGGCGCCAUGGUUCCCGGCACUCAUCAUCCAGGCAUGCCCAUCUCUGAGAGCAUCCCCGGUGCCAAACCUCUGCCGGUGCCUCCAGAGCUGGCAGCCCUCAGGGCCAGCGGGGGCAUGGGACAGCAGAGGCUGAUGGGAGGUGUGGAAGGAGGGAUGCAGGUGAUGAAUGGCACAGCGGGCGCUCACGGAGGAGAGGACUACCAGCAGUGGAUGGAGGGCAAGGUGGCUCAGGGCAAGGCCUCACCGCAGACACAGCGACACGGAGGGGAGGUCUACUCCAACACCCUGCCGGUGCGCAAGGUCGCACCCGCCAAGAGCAAGACCACACUGACGGAGACCCGAACGCUGCCCCGGUCCAGCUCCAUGGCUGCGGGCCUGGAGAAAAACGGGAGAACUCGAGUCCAGGCCAUCUUCUCCCACGCAGCCGGCGACAACAGCACCCUGCUCAGCUUCUUUGAGGGCGAUGUGAUCACCCUGCUGGUCCCAGAGGCCCGCGAUGGGUGGCACUAUGGAGAGAAUGAGAAGACGAGGAUGCGUGGCUGGUUUCCCUUCUCCUACACCCGGGUGAUCUCUGAAGGCGACACCAACUCCAUGAGGCAACUUCGAGUACACAACCUCCACGGGAAGAGCAGCAGCACAGGUAACCUCCUGGAGAGAGAGGACGUGGCUCUGCCCAUCCCGGAUUACGGCGUCCACUCCCGGAUGGCGGCACAGAGCGCUGCGGCGCUGCACGGCAGACAACAACGCCCCUACAGUGUGGCGGUGCCAGGCUUCUCACAGCAAGCAGUGGAAGAGUACGAGCCCCGUUUCCCAACAAGCUCCCCAGAGGGCAAAUUGAUUUCGACAGUGUGAGGACAGACAGACAGACAGACAGACAGACAGGCACAGACUCUGCGAUAGGACAGACACCUCGCUGAGCCGACCCCCUCCCCCUAACCUUCCCCUCUUUCCUGCCUCCCCUACCUCCCACUUACGGCAAUAAACUCUCCCUGAGUCAAUCAAUGCAGGGAAGAGGCUUUUGGUCUGUA